UGUCAUCAGGAUUUAUUGCAGUGUUUGAACUGACCUGUAAAAGUUUUCUCUUUUGCAAAGAUAAAGUUUACUUACAUGGUAAGAGGGAUUGACUCCUUUCAUUUUAGCCAUAAUUGUGAUACUGUUUAUCUUUUUUCUCUGUCCCAGACCACUGGAACUUAUAACAAAGGGGUAAAAGUUAAAUUUUGUAUGAGAAGAUAGAAAAAAAUCACAUGAACAUAUAUGGGAUAUCUAGGUAGCCUUGCUGUUGCAGAGAAGAAAGGAAUUCCUAAUAUAGAGUUUUAAGAUGAAAAGACUUAUAAAAAGAUUAAUUUAAACUCAGGAUUCACCUGAGUAUUGUCAGCAUGCAUGUUUAGAGUUUUGGGUUGUGCUUAAUUUUAAAUUCUCUAAAUAAAUAUUUGUCUUUUCACCCUGUUCUUAUUUCCCUCUCUCUUAUUCUUUUCCAUCCCCUAGUUUUCACUUCUUCUAGUUCCACUCUGCCAAAUUUCCUCUCCCUGCUUCUUCAUGUUCCCUUUUGCAUUAAUGCAGUUUCAGAGAGCAACUGCUAACAUGGAUUGCACCUCGGAAGGGGACAGCUGAACUCUCCCUCUGGCUUUAGUAAGGAAAGAGCAGCGAUGAAAUCCGUGGACUGUGUGCACGUCAUCCAACAGAAGGAUACCGCCUCCUCUCCCUCUGCCCCCCCUGGUGCUGCUUCAGGCGCCACGGGACUUUUUUCUGUCACAUUCCUGUGGCUUGCAAUACUCCUGUCCUCUUGUCUUGCAGCAGUGUCUCUUUACCAUGUUAUCAUCCUGAAAACAGAACUAGAAGCUCUGCGCAGCGAGCUGAUCUACAGCAUCCAGGCAAGGUCUCCGCUAGACCAACCACUCGCGUCCCCCGAUGAAAAUAAAGCAGGUACCCCUGUUUCUCCCUUCCUGCAAGUGUCUGCAGCUGGCUCCACGCAGGAGAACAGGCUUGCUGGUACUGGCCCGGCUGAGAGCUCCCAAGAGGAAAUCUGGAACGGGAGUAGAAACAGGGGCAGGCGGUCUGUUGACAACACAGAAGAAAAAGUGCUGCAGGCCUGCUUGCAACUGAUUGCUGACAGCAAAAGUGAUAUCCAACAGAAAGAUGAUUCAAGCAUUGUCCCUUGGCUCCUGAGCUUUAAACGUGGAACAGCUCUGGAAGAACAAGGAAAUAAAAUAGUGAUUAAAGAAACAGGUUAUUUUUUCAUAUAUGGCCAGGUUUUAUAUACGGAUACAACAUUUGCUAUGGGACACCUAAUACAAAGGAAGAAGGCUCACGUGUUUGGUGAUGAUCUUAGCCUGGUGACAUUGUUUCGCUGCAUCCAAAAUAUGCCACAGUCUUAUCCAAAUAAUUCUUGCUAUACUGCUGGCAUUGCAAAAUUAGAAGAAGGGGAUGAACUUCAACUUACAAUACCACGGAGAAGGGCUAAAAUAUCCUUGGAUGGAGAUGGUACCUUUUUUGGUGCAGUAAGACUCCUCUGAAGCCCUUCACUUCUGUUAUCAUGCUUAAUGCUAUUUUCUUCUCUACCUAUGCCUUUGUCAGAAAAAAGACUGAAUUGUAAUAAAGCUACCAAUUCAGCCUCUCCCAAUUCACCACAGGCUUCUAAGAAUUUUCUUCACUUUAAUAUGCAAACCCAAAACAGGAAACAUACCAGACAUGCUUGUGAUAUAACCACCAUGUGAUUUACCAGAAAGCCAAUUUAUUUUAGGCAAUGGGAGACUCUGGAUAACAGCUAUAAAGCAAUGAGGUUUUGGUUUUGAAACAAUUUGUUGUCCAUAUGGUAAAUUAAAGAAGGAGUAAACCAAAAAUAAUAGCAUGACCAGGACCACAGUCUAUCAAAUUGUUAUCAAUUGAAAAGGAAAUCUACAAUAAAAGUGUGUCUUAGAUUUGCAUUAUUUCAUCAAUAA